AUGAACGUCAAGCCGCACAAACAGUCCAUGUCGGAGCUCAAGCUGCGCAGACUAACAGAGCACAACCAGCGUUUGAAAGAGGACCUGGAGCGACCUCGAAUCCGUGUCUCAGAGGCAAGUCAGAGUCUGAUCAACUACUGCAAGAGCACGCGCGACUAUCUGGUGCCAUCCGUGUGGGGACCCGUCAGCAAGGGCGAAGACCCGUAUGCACCCGCCGGUGGAGGAUGCAACUGUGUUGCCAUGUAG